AUGGGAUUAUUUGGUAAGAGGAAUGAUCAGCAUGUUCCGAAACCCGCUGACCUAAUUCCAUGCGAGCAGCUCAUUAAAAGUCCACCUGAAUCUUAUCCUAAGGCUGAUGGUAUCCCGCACAUCACAAUGGAACACCAUGAGAAGUAUCUAGCAGUGUUAAGCUACUUUCAGAAUACAAAUCUAACGCUUCCGAUAAAAUCGGGCAAAAAAAAUGACGAUGCAGACGAGACUCAGCGAUUGUCAUCAUGGGAGAAAUUCUGGUUAACUCGAGAAUGUAUGCUUAGGUACCUUAGAGCGACUAAUUGGAAGGUUGAAAAUGCAAUUAAGAGGCUCUGUAACACACUUGUAUGGCGGAGAGAAUUUGGCAUCACUGGUGACAUCACCCUGGAAAAUCAUUUAGCUCCGGAGGUUGUUGAAAUGGAAAGUGUUACCGGGAAGCAAGUCUUGCUAGGAUACGACCGUGAAAGAAGGCCAAUUUAUAUGAUGAAAAACGGGAGACAAAACACACCAGCGUCCUUCGCCCAGGUCCAACAUUUAGUCUUUUUUCUGGAAGCAGCCGUCGCCCUUAUGCCGCAAGGUGUUGAAUUAUUAGCUUUGCUGAUAGACUAUAAACAUUACAAAGAACCUGGGAUUAUUGGUGCUAGCGCUCCACCCAUCUCUCUUGCGAAACAAGUUCUCAACAUUAUCCAAGACCACUAUCCGGAAAGACUUGGAAAAGCAUACUUCUUGAACAUGCCGUGGUACGGCUGGACCUUUCUAAAACUAGUACAUCCAUUCAUAGACCCUGCUACCAGAGCCAAGCUGGCGUUUGAUGAAUCACUGCUAAAGUAUAUAGAUGAAAAACAGUUAGAAGUUAACUACGGAGGUAAACUCGAUUUCUCGUACAAUCAUGAGCUGUACUGGAAAGAUUUUAUUGACGAAGUGCAACAUCGGAGAGAAUCGCAGUAUGGCAGGUUUAUGAAAUUUGGCGCAAUUGUUGGGUUGAGUGAAUUCGAUUUAAAGGGAGACCAUUUCGAGGUAUUAUACUCACCAGAAUAUAACCCUAGUGAAUGA